CGCUUUAUAUGCUUCAUCCGUAUAUAAACAAGCGCGGGCAUAGUAGCCAUCUUAAGAAGGUCAAUUGGAACGUAACGCUAUUUAGCAAGAUUGCAGAGGGGGUGGGAUUUCCGGUGACCCUUGCACGUCCUUUGUGGCUACUGAGCCAAGGCUUAGGAAGACGGUCUGAGAUGGGGCUGGAUGACAAGAAAAAGGUGGCAUGCCGGGUUGUGGAGCCUGAGGAGCCUGAGGAGGAAGAAGAAGAGGAAGAACUUGUGGAUCCAUUAACUACUAUAAGGGAGCAAUGUGAGCAAACAGAAAAAUGUGUGAAGUUUCGAGAACGUUUAGAGGAGUGUGAUGCUCGAGUGUCAUCAAGGUCCCGCACAGAAGAGCAGUGUACAGAGGAGCUCUUUGACUUCUUGCAUGCUAGAGACCACUGUGUUGCUCACAAACUCUUCUGCAAGUUGAAAUAAAUGUUCAUACAAGCCUAACUCCUCCUGAGCAUGCUGCUUUACAUCUCUGGCUUGAGAAUGUGGAAACUGGCAUUUGUGACCAACACAACCAUCAAUUGUAACAUAGGAGUUGCAAUCCAGAUCCUCUAUGCUCUGUGGAAGAAACGUGGUUAGCAGUAUUUCUGUGACGUUCCAUAUUAAAUAUAUUUGUGAAAAUAUUACAGCAUAUUCUGCAAAUAAACAUAUACAGAAUUAA